AUGCAGAGGAAUGCGGAGAAGGAGACAUAUAAAGAGAGCAGGGGAAGGAUGAAGAAACGUCGAGACAUUAGCAGAAGUGGAAGAGGGCGUUGUCUUCUGUUUCACGAACCAGACUCUUCUGGAGAACACAAGACCCUUCCAAGCUCUCUCCCUGAUGAUGACACGUGA